ACCAAUUCCGACAUAUAUACAUAAAUAUUACAGAAGCCAUAUAUUUAUCAGAACGAGAGUUCUGAGCCAAAAUCUUGGAGGAGUUUAGAAGAAAUUGUUGUAUAGAUCAAUCCCCUUUUUCAAUUUGAAGUUUUUUAACCUGGGAUUGCUCCUGUUUAAUUUCUCCUUUUUUUAGCUGAUUUUUGUUCAUGUUGUGACAAUACGUCAAGCCGUAAAGAUAAUUUAUUUUAGGUGAAAUUUUUCUGGAUUUCUAAGGUGAAAAAUGGGCACAGAGGUUUUGAGACCACAAGAUUGUUUAGGAGAUAGGUUCCGGGUGUCUCCGGCAGCGUUUCAACGCCGGAAAAACACGAAACAUGGCGACGCUGGUUACUGGAAGCCGGUUUAUCGAUCUGAAAGGUCGGAUCAGAAUCAAAAGAAGAAAUUUAACUACCAACAUGAGAAUUCCAUAUCCAAGAGAUCUUCCGUAUCCAAGAGAUCAUCAAGCGCCGAUGCAUUAAAAUCCAGGAAUAAUAACGGGCCUGUUAUGGGGCAGGUGGCCAUUUUGAGAAGAGGGGAAUCAUUGGAUUCUCUUAAUCAGAAAAUUGACAACAGUAACAAAAAAUUGGGUUCUGCAAAGCAGAGUCCAGUUGACGAUAUGGUGGUUUAUGGGACCGGAAGAAUUGGUCCUGAAAGCCCAGAAAUGGUGCCCAAACAGAUCCGGAUGGUGGGAAGGGGUGUUUCAGAUAUUUACGCCGGAUCGGCUUUUUCCAUGUCCCCUUCUCCUAGAUCUCUGCCCGUACCUUCUUUUUUUAACAACAAGAGACAAGAUAGUGCACGCAAAGUGUUCGACGAUUCGGCUACAAGAGAUUUGAGGCGAUUGCUUCGUCUUGAAUGAAGAAUUCAGUUAUAGUUCUUGUAAUUGGCUUUUUGGCUUCUUAUUUCUGGGAUCUGGGAUUCAUUCUGUGAAAUUUUUAACUAUGGAUGAAUCUUGUGAUCGAGAAUUAAGAUGAAAAUAGCUUUUCUGUUCAUGUAUUUAGCUCGUCUAUGAUGAUGUAAUUUAUGGUGGUGGCUGGUUCUGGGGUUGCUAAUUGUAGGAAGGUUGUGAAAUGUUGUUAUAGUUCAUUAGUAAGAAUACAUUUAACAAAAGCUGUAGCACUUUUUAUGGGCUGGGGUGUAAAAACAUGUUAGGAUGUGGAAGUUCAGGCGCGGCGGUUGUGGUGGUGGUGGUGGUGGUGUCGGAUUAAGCUUUAUGAUGAAGGAAAAAUAUUAAUAAGAUAAUUUCAGGAAGUUCAGUGUGCAA